GUAAGCAUUUGCCGUGGUGCGGGGGUAUCUCUAAUCAUAUUCAGCAUGUUUUGCACAAGAAAUGUCAGCCAGAAAGGGCUAUCGGCUCCCUUCGCCAAAUUAUUCCACAACAAUGUCAUGCUCAGAGAGCCCGGCUGCAAACUCUUUUUUGGUAGACUCCUUGAUCAGCUCAGGCAGAGGGGAAGGAGGAGGAGGAGGAGGAGGAGGAGGCGGCGGCUACUAUUCCAACAGUAGUGUCUUUUUGCCACAGGCGUCCGAUUUGUCCUAUGGGCUGCAAAGCUGCGGACUUUUCCCAGUUUUGAGCAAACGCAAUGAAGGUGCUGCUCAAAGCAUGGUCCCCACUUCUCAUCCCUACAUGUCAGGGAUGGAGGUCUGGCUAGAGCCCCCAAGGUCCUGUCGCCUGGAAGAGCCUGAAAGCCAGCAGGCUACCUCCUGCUCUUUUGCUCAAAACAUUAAAGAGGAGAACUCUUACUGCCUCUAUGAUUCAGACAAAUGUCCUAAAGGUGCAGCUGCCACAGAUCUAUCUACUUUUCCAAGGCUAAACGCUGAGGUCUGUCCCAUGAGCAACGCUAGUGGGGUUCCUGUCCCAGGCUACUUCCGCUUGUCUCAAGCUUAUGGCACUUCCAAGAGCUACAAUGCUGGGCAAGUUGUUGCUUCCCAGUUCACACCGCAGCCCCAAGUUCGUUUUGAUGCGGCUCCAUCUUUGCCUUCAGUCCCAACAGAAGCGGGGAGGAUAGAGACCGAGGAGGCUUCCCCCAACACCUUGGCUUGCGUCUCCCAGAGGGAGGAAGACGCUCAGGCUUCGCCUUCGACCGCAGAAGAACUCUCCCCAGCUCCGUCAGAAAGCAGCAAACACUCUCCUGAGAAAGAACCCAUAGGCAAUUCAAAAGGAGAAAAUGCAGCAAACUGGCUAACCGCAAAAAGUGGCAGAAAGAAACGAUGCCCCUAUACCAAGCACCAAACUCUGGAGCUGGAAAAGGAGUUUCUAUUCAAUAUGUACCUGACUCGUGAGCGUCGCCUAGAGAUCAGCCGCACGGUCCACCUAACAGACAGACAAGUUAAAAUCUGGUUUCAGAACCGCAGAAUGAAACUGAAGAAAAUGAACAGAGAGAAUAGAAUUCGGGAGCUCACAGCCAACUUUAAUUUUUCUUGAUAAACCUAUUAACACAUUUUUUUAUGGGUUAAAGAGCCAGUAUCAUUUUCCUAGGCUUUAGUAAUCUGCACCUGUAUGGAUUAAGGAUUUUAUACAUUCUCAGUAUGUCCAUAACUUCUUUACAGCUAUUUCUGGGGGGGGAGGGGGAGCCAUAAUGAUGCAUAAAAUUCCGUGUGUGUGCCGCCCUUGUUCCAUUACAAUUGCCUUGAUGUUAUUUGCUUCUUUAACCAUGAAACAGAGACAUAUGAGUUCAAGAGCUGCAAAUAUUUUUUUUUCCACUUGAAAAAGUAAGCAAACCCGGUUAAAGGCGAGUUUCCAUUUUAAACGAUAAAAGGUAUAUGUGGACCGUGUGUAGCUUAAUAACGAAUAACUGAAGCCUUACAAUAGUUCUAUGUAAAGGGACUUAAACUUUUUUUCUCCCAAAUGGCAGGAGUUCCAAUAAUUAAAUGCAGACAUACUUUAAAAGAAGGGCUUCGGGGGAACUGGUGUUAGGCUCUGUUUUCUUUUUCUUUUCCUUUAACAUAACAACCAGUAUCUGAAGCUUUAAAAUUGGCCAGGAAAAUGAGACCUCUUCUCUUUAAGGAUAUAAAAGAUCUUGUGUUGCUUAUGGACUAAAUUAUUACACUUACCUCUGAAUUUCACCCACUCUGUCUGGUGUAGAUAUUGAC